AUGCGCAAUCUCAAAUCCGGGAUAUUGUCAUCAAAUGCUGGCUGCUUCACCUGUGCUCUCUGUGCUGUGCUGUGCUGUGCUCGCUCACUCUUUUCUGCACAACCACACGCCGAUCCGAGAUCCAUCUGCCUCCGUGCUCCCACACACCCCUCCCUCCUUCUCCCCGUCUCGUCGGACUGCCGACUGCGACUGCGAUCACUCCAUCGUCGACCAAAACACGACCCUUUCUUUUUCGGUGGGCUCAUCUCCUUCCACGCCCCAGUGCAGAGAGAUAGAGAGAGAUUCACCGCUGUACAAGGUGAGUUCCUCUGCCUGCUUGCUCCCCAACCGCCUCUUCAUCUGUCCGUCGACACCUCGAACGCCUCCUACGCGCAGUCCCGACCGACUGCAGCCAGCCUUGCGCCCGUCUUGAACCGGGCGACCGAUGCGUCAGCUCAGCAGCUCCCAGCUCCCAGCUCCCUGCUCGACGUCGGGAGCCGCUUUCCAUCGUCCAUCGACCAUCGUCCCCUUCACCCGGAUCUGCAUCCUGUGGGGAAACCCUUGACAGCUGCAGUCAUUCGCGGGAUUCGCCCUCCUGGCGCUGCACAAGGCACAGGAUUCACCUGUUUCCCCCCUUCUGGCGCUCGCAUUCUUACAUCAUCACAAGCACACAAGACCACAAGACAGCUGGCUGAUCGUUGA